UUUGGCCCAGCCUAUUCCAGCACCACCGAUGCAAACAGAUGAGUUGCACGAUAUUACUCUCCGACUCAGUGAGAGUAAUUGGGCACACCACCAUGCAACAUAUAUUCAUCGUUGGAAUAGGCGAGAACAAUAUAUUGUUCAAGGGCAACAAAUGGGACAACCACUCCACCAUCAUUCUGAAUAUAUGGAGUGGUACCGUCGAGCUGCUAGACGUUGGAUCUCAAUAAGUGGAGCUGCUAUUGGUUGUGUGGAGGACGCAAUUGAGGAUUGUUUGAUAAAAUUACAAAAUCCAUCAACACAAAACGUGGCAGAAGUUAAGCGUACAUUAAGAAAAAUGAUGAUUGCUCUGGAACAAGAAAGUAGGCUUUGCCAAAUGCCACCUCCUCAGUCUGCACCUUAAGCAGCAACUUUUAAUGAUGAAUUGGAAGAGGACCAACCCAUCAACCAACCUGGGCCCUCACGUAGACCAGCACGACGUCAAUCACGUCCUCCUCGACAUCGUCAACAUCCAAUGCGUCAAUCCUCUCCACCUGAUGAUGUUAUGCCCCCACCUGUCGCAUUUCACCCUUUCUGCAUGGCAUCAGCGCCUGGUCCUAUUCCCUUAGCUCCUGCACCGUCUCAUCCUAUUCCAUCUACAGUAUUCCAACCAUAUUCAGAAACUAUCCCCCCACAUUAUACUGGUUGGAUGCCUACCCCAUCAAUACCUGGCCCAUCAACACCAUGGAUGUCAUAUCAUUCUCAUGUGCAAAGCAGAAGCACAUUUGACUUCACUGAGAGUCAGCAGCCACAAACACCAAUGAGUAGCUUAUUUGCUCCAUUUGGCAGACCAUCUAGCAUUGGGCCAUCACAAUAUGCUUCGAGUCAAUUUGGCGGAUAUGGUUCAGAUCAAUACUAUGCACUAUAUCAGUCUGGUGCCUUAGGCCAUAUUCCAUCUGGUGCAGGUCUAUUUGGACACCAUGAACAAGGUGCUAUGCAUUAUACUGCAGGGGGGGAAUCAUCAGGACAACAACAAGGGCAACCUGGCCAACCCCAAGAUGCACAAGGUGAUCCAGAAGAGCAGCAAGAAGGGGGACAACAUCGAGUUCUUCGACCGAGACGACAUAUUCGAUGA